CUAGAUCAAAAGUAUCAAUCCGCCUCCCAAGUUCGCUAUCGGACAUCAGUGUGGUGUCAUCGAAGCCGCCUUGACGCUCAUCAUGUCGGACGGUAAGAACAAACACCGCGUCUGUUCCAGCGACCAACUGACUCCUUCUGCAGCCGACUUCGAGACCGUCCGGCGACUACAGGCUGAGCGCAACUCUCAGGCUGCUGGUAAAAAAGGUUCCAAAACCUUCGAUCCGUCUAAUCAGCGCACUGAUUCGUCCACCAAGGUCUCUUUGACCGAAAAUUUCGAUACGAGUCUCUACGAUAGAGAUGGCGGCGACAAGUUCGCGGGUUAUCACACCUCACUUGCUGUCGAUGGCGACGAUGAAGAAAUGCCAGAUGCGGACGACAGCCGGAGAUUGAUAGGACAGUACACUGCGACAAAUGAGCAAAUGAAAGAGUUUUCUACGGGGAACGGCGUGGAAGAAGAAGAUAUUCUGCUUGGACGUGAGAAAACUGCCAGGAUAGCAGAUCGCGAGACUGAUUAUCAGAAGCGAAGAUUUGAACGAGGCCCCCUUACGCCCACCAGAGCCGAUCCAUUUGCAGCCAACAAACAUGCUGGGGUUGCCGAAGGUGCCACGUAUCGAGAGGUGAUGCAGUUACAAGAUCUGGAGCGCGAGGAGGAACGGGUAAAAAAGCUCAUAGCUGAAAAGCAUCAAAAUGGCGAGGACGUGGCCGAACACAAGCCUACGCUGAAAGAUGAAGCUGAUAAGGAGAACGCCGAUGCCGGCUCGACGGUUGAAGCAACAGGGCGGAAGCGAAAGAAGAGGUGGGAUGUAUCCAGUGACGCCACUCCUGCGUCUGAGACUACUGAAACCAAAAAGCGCUCCAGAUGGGAUCAGGCCCCUGCUCCCGACGGAGCGUCAGCACCUGCAAAACGGUCGAGAUGGGAUCAAGCGCCUGCACUAGACGCCACAUCAGCCGCUCCUGUAGCCCAAACCCCAGCUCCAACUUUUGGCACAGACAUCACCGGGAGAAACGCAUCCUGGUCCGAUGAAGAACUCGACAUGAUGCUACCAUCUGAAGGAUACACAAUUCUUGAACCUCCCCCGGGAUACGCUCAAAUUCGACCAGUCGCUCGAAAAGUUGCUGCCACUCCUGCUGCCGCAAGUAGCUCCAUGGGAAUAGGUGGCUUUAUGAUGCAGGAACCAGAAAACCCAAGAUCAAUGGGGAAACAGCUUCCAACCGAGAUCCCUGGUGUUGGCGACCUACAGUUUUUCAAGGCUGAGGAUAUGGCUUAUUUCGGAAAACUUGUUGAUGGAGCUGACGAAAAUGCCUUGUCAGUCGACGAACUCAAGGAACGCAAGAUUAUGCGCCUCCUUCUCAAAGUCAAGAACGGCACGCCUCCCAUGCGUAAGACAGCUCUACGACAACUGACAGAUAAUGCUCGGCAAUUAGGCGCCGGCCCUCUGUUCAAUCAGAUUCUGCCACUACUGAUGGAGAAGAGUUUGGAAGAUCAGGAGCGACAUCUGCUUGUCAAAGUCAUCGACCGCGUUCUCUACAAGCUCGACGAUCUUAUCAGGCCUUAUGUUCACAAAAUCCUAGUUGUCAUCGAACCAUUGCUCAUUGAUCAAGACUAUUACGCUCGUGUCGAGGGUCGAGAGAUCAUCUCCAACCUCGCCAAAGCAGCCGGUCUAGCGCAUAUGAUCAGUACCAUGAGACCUGAUAUCGAUCACGUCGACGAGUACGUUCGAAAUACUACAGCAAGAGCUUUCGCUGUCGUUGCGUCAGCACUCGGCAUUCCUGCACUCCUGCCCUUCCUUCGCGCUGUCUGUCGAAGCAAGAAAUCAUGGCAAGCAAGACAUACUGGAGUCAAGAUUGUACAGCAGAUUCCUAUACUGAUGGGUUGUGCUAUCCUUCCUCACUUAAAAGGUUUGGUUGAUUGUAUUGCCGAUAAUCUCAGCGAUGAACAAGCCAAAGUCAGGACCGUGACAUCUUUGGCUAUUGCUGCAUUGGCGGAGGCUGCCAACCCUUACGGUAUCGAAAGUUUCGAUGAUAUACUAAACCCUCUAUGGACUGGAGCGAGGAAACAACGUGGUAAGGGAUUGGCAGGUUUCUUAAAGGCCGUGGGUUAUAUUAUCCCGCUCAUGGACGAAGAAUACGCCAACUACUACACCAGCCAGAUCAUGGAGAUCCUUCUGCGAGAAUUCGCCUCGCCCGACGAGGAAAUGAAGAAGGUUGUUCUAAAAGUGAUUUCGCAGUGUGCAAGUACCGAUGGUGUGACACCGGCCUACUUGAAAGAACAUGUCCUCGGCGAGUUCUUCAAGAGUUUCUGGGUUCGCCGGAUGGCGCUUGACAAGAGAAAUUAUCGCCAGGUGGUGGAAACUACUGUGGACCUAGGGCAAAAAGUCGGCGUCAGCGAGAUUGUCACUCGGAUUGUGAACAACUUGAAGGAUGAGAGUGAAGCCUAUCGCAAGAUGACUGUCGAAACUAUCGAAAAAGUGAUAGCUUCACUCGGUGCAGCAGACAUCAAUGAGCGUCUUGAAGAACGACUGGUUGACGGCAUCCUAUUUGCCUUCCAAGAGCAAGGUAUCGAAGAUGUGAUCAUGCUCAAUGGUUUUGGAACAGUUGUCAAUGCUCUGGGCACUCGAUGUAAACCAUAUCUCCCACAAAUUGUGUCGACGAUUCUUUGGCGAUUGAACAACAAAUCUGCAACUGUCCGACAACAGGCAGCAGACUUGAUCUCUCGGAUCGCAAUGGUGAUGAAGCAAUGUGGCGAAGAUGCUCUUAUGGGCAAACUUGGCGUCGUUCUCUACGAAUACCUAGGAGAAGAAUACCCUGAAGUCCUAGGCUCAAUACUGGGCGCCCUUCGGUCGAUUGUAACGGUUGUCGGUAUUAACCAGAUGCAACCAUCCAUCAAGGACCUCUUGCCUCGGCUCACUCCUAUUCUACGAAAUAGACACGAGAAGGUGCAGGAGAACACAAUCGACCUCGUUGGCCGUAUCGCGGACCGUGGUCCUGAGUCGGUCAAUGCCAGAGAAUGGAUGCGUAUCUGUUUCGAACUACUUGAUAUGCUCAAGGCACACAAGAAGGGAAUCCGUCGCGCUGCAAACAAUACAUUCGGCUUCAUUGCCAAGGCAAUUGGUCCACAGGAUGUACUUGCCACUCUUUUGAACAACCUUCGUGUCCAGGAACGACAGUCCCGUGUCUGCACAGCCGUCGCCAUUGGUAUUGUUGCUGAGACUUGCGCCCCGUUCACCGUCUUGCCGGCAUUGAUGAAUGAGUAUCGGGUACCGGAACUCAACGUGCAAAAUGGUGUUCUAAAAUCGCUCUCCUUCCUCUUUGAGUAUAUUGGUGAGAUGGCCAAAGACUAUGUUUACGCCGUCACACCGCUUCUGGAAGACGCUCUUAUCGACCGCGACCAAGUCCACAGACAAACAGCGGCAAGUGUGGUCAAACAUGUCGCCCUUGGCGUGGUCGGUCUAGGCUGCGAAGAUGCCAUGGUCCACUUGUUGAAUCUUCUCUACCCGAAUUUGUUCGAAACCAGUCCUCACGUUAUUGACCGCAUAAUUGAAGCCAUCGAGGCCAUCCGCAUGGCUGUGGGUACGGGGAUCGUGAUGAACUAUGUCUGGGCCGGUCUAUUCCAUCCUGCGCGAAAAGUCCGGACACCAUACUGGAGAUUGUACAACGAUGCAUACGUGUACAAUGCGGACAGCAUAGUGCCAUAUUACCCGAACAUGAAGGAUGACGGAUUACCGAGAGAUGAACUGUACAUUACACUUUGAGUUGAACAUUGACACGAUUGAGGCUUGUCAUACCAGGGCGCGUAUCAUAAGUGCUUCUAAAAGUCACGAAGCUGGCACAGAUGCUUAUACUUUUUAUAGUUGAACAAAUCAGCAGACCACGGGGGCUGUUUUCGGCCUUCCGGACUUUUAUUCUUGUUAAGAUGCCAUGCUCGUACGGCCUCAUCCAAUAACGAUGAACCUUUUUCUUCUGCCAGAAAAUGGAAUCACUUCUAGUGCUACUACUGUUGUAUGCAAUAUGCAAUGCGAUAACUUGCCAUUGGAGGUCCUUGUGUGUUUCAUUGUUGGCAUCCUACUUCUUUUCGAUUUGUACAUCUCAUCCUGCACCGGCCGCUGCGGUCUCGAGCCUUCCUGGUUUGGAAUUCAAAUAUGCGUUUCUGUGGCAGUCGGGACGAUUCCAUGUCAGCCUUAAGGACCUUUCUUGACACGGUGCACGUUUUUUUGUCGGUGGGAAGGAGGAAAAGGAGGGAGACUUUGUUACCUCUUCUCCGCCCACUGCAUGAUCCACCAGGCCAUCACGAACGGCGGGACGACGUACAAGAAUUGCGCCCUGGACCUUCGAAAGGUGUUGAAGACAGCGUUGUGCCACGCCCCCGCCAGGGGGUUCUGGCGGUUCG